AUGACGCGCUUGCGAAUGACGUCCUUACGAGAAAGUGGUGGCGAAGAGGGGGGGGAGACGAACACGCCGACGACGAUGGUGAAUAAGAAUUCGAGGAAGAAAUCUUCUUUGCAAUUUUCUCCGGUUUCUGUUUUACUAACACCGGAUCUGAGCGUCUCCACGGAGAAACAGAAUAAGACGAGUGAGAAGAAUGCGACGACGAGAAGGAGGGUUGGAGGAGAGAAUGAGGAAGAAGAUUUGAUCUCUCCACGUUCUCCUACGCCAGUGUCCACGUUAUUCAAAAACUCCCAGGAGGAGAGAGAGCCUCCUCCCUUAAUUCGUCCAGUUAUGCACCGACCAAGUUUUCCUGAUGAAGAGGAAGUGAAGCCAGAGGAUGGCUUAAUGCGCAUGAACUCUUUAAACGAAACAAAGUUGUUAGCUGUUACGAAUCUGAGACGUCAAAAAUCAAACUCCUUGCCUUCGAACUUUCGCUUCGAUGCCCACUUUCGUUACGAACGCAGAUUAAGUAGAACCGUAAACGCGGAAGUAUGGCUCGUGACCGGUCUGGAAACGGGAGAACCUUUCGUCGUAAAAAAACGGCACAAGCCCUUCACGAGCGAUUCAGAUCGAAGAUCCGCGAUGAGAGAGCUCGAGGCGGUGGCGAAUUUACCCGAACACGAGAACGUGGUGAAAGUAUUCCGAGGAUGGCAGCAGGAGCGCCUAUUCUGCAUCCAAUUUGAAUAUUGUGAGUGUGGCUCGCUCGGCACUGUUUUGCAGCGAUUAAGACCAGGCGUUGUAUUAGAAGAACGCGAUAUAUGGCGUUUAAUUUAUGAGGUUGGGAGUGGAUUGAAACAUAUCCAUUCGCACGCAGUCCUUCACUUAGAUUUGAAACCAGAGAAUAUUUUCAUUGAUCGUCAGGGAACAUUCAAAAUAGGCGAUUUUGGCUUAGCAUGGGCACCUGGUCACGCGUGGCGCGUUGAAGAUGGUGAUGGAGGAUACGUAGCUCCAGAGUUGCUGAAUUUGAAUGCUGAUGCGAAACCAAAACCUUCGUGUGAUAUUUUUUCGUUCGGUGCUAUGUUGUAUGAAGUCGCAACUGGAAGGAAAUUCCGCGAAUGCACUUCAAGAGAAGAAAAAGAUUCAAUUCCGAGGGAGAGGAGUCUCGCUUUACGGAAUUUAAUAAUCAUGUGUCUGCAUAGAAACCCAAACAUGAGACCAUCUGCCGUUGAAAUCGUCAAAACGGCAAUAGAAAAAUUGUAA